AUGCGUUUCUCCUCUGUGGCCACGGCCCUGCUGGCCACUGCCCAGUAUGUUGCUGCGGCUCCCUCUUUUCCGGCGAUUGACAACAAGCACAACGGCAAGAUCGCACCGAAAGUCAUGAUUGUCAGCCUGUUCCACCCCGAAGCCGCUAUCUGGUACAGCAAUCUGCCUAGCAGCGGUCUAGGCAAUCUGAUGGACGUCAACAUCACGGCGCCCGGACUGUCGAUGCUUUUUCCCCACGUGCACUGUGUGGCCGAUCACAGCAUCUGCCAGAUGACCACGGGUGAGUCGGAGAUCAACGCAGCCUCAACCGUCAUGGCUGCCGUGCUCUCGGGCAAAUUCGACCUGACCGAGACGUACUUCAUGAUCGCCGGCAUUGGCGGUGUCAACCCCAAGUACAGCACGCUGGGCGGCGUUGCUCUGGCCCGCUACUCGGUGCAGGUGGCCCUGCAGUACGAGUUUGACGCGCGCGAGAUGCCGGCAAACUGGUCCACCGGCUACUUUGGCUACGGCACCGAAGAGCCCGACGUCUACCCCGGCAACCAGUAUGGCACCGAGGUGCUCGAGGUCAGCGAGACGCUGCGCGACAUCGCCUUUGGCUAUGCCAGCAAGGCCAACCUCACCGACGACCCGAUUGCGGCUGAGUACAGAGCCAGGUAUGCGGCCGCGGCUGACGGCAUCUACACCGCCGGCACAGCUGUGCCCUCGGUCGUCAAGUGCGACACGGCUACCAGCGACGUCUACUACUCGGGCACCAUCCUGGGCGAGGCCUUUGAGAACGUCACCAAGGUGUGGACCAACGGCACGGGCGAGUACUGCAUGACCGCGCAGGAGGACAGCGCCGUGCUCGAGGUGCUCGUGCGCCUCGCCAUCGAGGGCAUGGUUGACUUCAAGCGCGUCAUCCUCAUGCGCACCGGCUCCGACUUUGACCGCCCGCCACCGGGCAUCACGGCUUUUGCCAACCUGGUUACCGUCGAUCAGAACGGCUUCGAGAUUGCCAUCAAGAACAUCUACAACGCCGGCAUCGAGAUCGUCAAGGGCAUCCUGAAGAACUGGGACUGCACUUUCAAGGAGGGCGUCACGCCCACCAACUACGUUGGCGACAUAUUUGGCAGCCUGGGCGGUGAGCCUGACUUCGGCCCCGGCAGCCUGACCGGCGGCAUCGGCUACCUGCCGGGCGGCCGCUCGGGCGACCUGACCAAGCGCAGCACCAAGCUGACUCGUCGCACCGCCACGACCAAGCGUGCCAAGCGCGGAAUUGUCGUGUCUGUCCGCCCGUCCAAGGAGCAGUGA